UGUCGGUUUCCGGAUUCUACCAAAAGUACGAACUUGGCUCAUAAAUCUCUUUGUCAUAGCCGUAAUUUUGGCAUUUAAUAUUCGAUUUUUUAAUUCGUUUCUACGUUUAAAUUCGGAACACGUAUGCCGAAACAUCAGUUCAAUCAUGUCAUUAAUAUACGUGAAUUAUACAACAUAUGUGUUGUAUACAGUAUUUACAUAGGUAUAAAAUAAAAAAAUACAAACCAUUUCAUUAAGUUCCUAAAUAAAAUUAUAUUAAUACUAUUAUUGUAUAUUAGAAGUGUAUACUUAAUCAAAAAGUAAUAAGGCUAUUUUACUCAUUAUUUAUAUUUGAAUUGACUUUAUUAGAUAAUUAGGAAUCUAUAACAAACCUAAAAUGAAGCUUGACACUUUAUCCUUAAAAUAUGUUCAAAUAUUCUUCGUCGUAGUCGCUUAUUGGUGAGUAAAAAUAAAAACUUUGGAAUUAAAGUUUUUUUUAUAUUUACCUAUUUAUCUAUAACAAUUAAUAUGUUUUUUAUUGUACUUACUCUAUUUUUAUUUAUAGGAUAAUUUCUAUUCUAACAGUAUUCGUAAACAAGACUUUAUUAACUAGUGACAAAUUAGACAUGGAUGCGCCUAUGUUUAUAGCAUGGUUCCAGUGUUUUGUUUCCGCGAUAAUUUGUUUCACCAUGAGCCGUUUGUCGAAGGUUUUUCCAAAUACUGUUCAUUUUCCCGGUGGAAAUCCGUUUAAUAGUACAACUAUUAAACAUGUAAGUAUCUUCAUGGGUCAUUUUAUUAUUUUUUAUCAAUUAAGUAAAAAAACAACAUUAAAACUUCUAUAUAUUUACUCGGAUAGGUUUUGUAAUUACAAUAUUAUUUGUGUCAAAACAAUAAAAAUGUACCUACAGUUUUCAUCAUUUUAAAGUGGCUAUAUAAAAGUUUGGCUGUAUUUAAGUAUUAAAAAAUAAAAGUUCAAAAUGUUUAAUUUUAACAGUAGGCACUUACAUAAUUAUUAAAGCUUUGAUUUUAAAGUAUUAAAUAGAACACUUAAAUAUGCAUUAAAUUAUAAUGUACAUAAUUCACCAAAAUGAUUUAUCUAGUUAAUGUAUUUUGACAUUUUAAUGAGUUCAAGUAAAACCCAUCGAUUUUAUAAAUAAUGACCUAAAAAAUGGUAUUUUGUGACCAAAAUUAUAAAAUAUUUUUAUAUAGACUUUUAGAUAAUAUUAAUUUGAAUGUUUCAUUUUUGUCCAAAUGUUCAAUGAAAAUAAUUUCAUUGAUUUUUGAAAGUAAUAAUAUUAUGUUUGUAAUUUACAUUUCAAUAAACUUAAACUAUGUUUUUAUUUAUUACCAUUGUUUUUUUUUUUUUAUAAUAAUAAUUUAUGUUUAUAUUAUGUUAUAUAUAUAACAAAAUAUUUAUUAAAAAAUAAAAUAGUGAAAAAUAACAUGAUGAACUCUAAAAUAAAAUGUUAUAAUGGUUUGGUUUUAAUUAAAUUUGAAUCUUAUUAGUUUUUAGGUUAGGUUAUUACCAAAUAAAAUUAAUAGAUGUUUAAAAUACUAAAAGUACAGCCCUGGUAAUUAUUGUGUAUUAUACAUUUUUUUAAAUAUAAUUUUAGUAAAAUUAGUAUCAUAGACUUAUAAUUCAAAAAAAUAAACCAAUUUACAUCAUCGGCUGUGGUUAUUUAAUACUUACUUACCUAUCUACCUAAUUUUUUUAUGGUAUUUUUCGGUUCAUUUGUUUGCAUUAUAUUAAAUGAUUAAUUGAACUUAUUUUAAUUUUAGGUGCUGCCAUUAACAAUAUUAUAUAUAUUAAUGAUAUCUACAAAUAACUAUUGUUUAAAAUUUGUUGAUGUUACAUUUUAUUAUGUUGGGCGAUCACUGACAACAGUAUUCAAUGUCAUACUUUCUUAUAUAAUAUUAGGUAAUUAUCUUUUCAUAAAUAUAAAGGUUCAUUAUUGAUGAUUGUAACCAAAAUUAUUCAAUGAUCUAUAUGUAUAUCACACCAUAGUUUAUAGUGUAAUAUUUUAUACAUAUUUAAUGUAGAAUUUUUUUUUUAGUUUUUCUAUUUUUGAUAUAGUGUAUUAUAUCAUUAUUAUUAAAUUGUAUUAUGAACAAUAGUAAAUAAAAUAAAUUGAAUAACACCAGGCAAUAAUAUAAUACAUAUUAACACAAUCACAAUAAAAUAUGAUAGGAUAUAUUGUAUAAUACUAAUAAUAUUUUUUAUAAUUUGUAAUAGUUUAUAUUAUAUAUAAAUUUGAGGUAAUUGCUGUGCUGGCUUUUAAAUUUCUUAAUUUAAGAUUCUGAGUGGAGCGAGGAAUGCAUGUUAUUAUUAUUGUGUUAAAUAUAUUUUGUUAAUUUUUUUUUGUUUCUCUGUACAAUUUUUGUAGCAUAAAUCUUGUAUAAAUUAAAGAACAUUUUUGUAGCAUUUUGGAUUUAGUUGGUGCACUGUAGAAGUUCUUGUUUUGAUUCUUCAUGUAAUUUUUCUAAUAAUUUAAAGAAAACUGAAAAACUGAAAGUGUAUGUUAGUAUUUUCAAUAUUGAUAUUUGUUGUAAUUUGUUGAUAAUGCAUACAGAUAUGAAUUAAAUAUUUAUAUUUUAUGUAUCUUACUUCUCUAACUUAUAACGUCUAUAACAGUAGCACCCAUCAACAGUAAUAGCUUUUUAUUUAUCUUGGUUGAUUGUAAUUUUUUUUUUAUUAAUUAUUUUAAAGCAUUAGAAGUAUACAUUAUGCUUACCUAAUAAAAAAAUUAAUACAUUUUGUAUCGCUGGUGGUUUUUUUUUUUUAUUAAUGUAUAAGUAAAAUUUUUAAUUAUAUGAUUUCAUUGAAUUUAUGUGUUAUGCAUGAACAUUUUCAAUAACAAAUUACUAAUGUGAUUUUUAUUAUUACAAUAAAAAUGUUCCUAUAUUAUCCUUUAUAUUACUUGAAAAGUUUACAUAAGAUAUUAAGUUAUUCAUCAUACAUAUCUCAUACAAAUAUUUAAAUUGAUUUUAUACUUGAAAAAUAUAAUGCUAUUUUAAUUUUCAGGUCAAACUACAUCAAUUAGCUGUCUCCUCUGCUGUUUUGCUGUAGUAUGUGGGUUUUUUUUGGGGGUUGACCAAGAAAACCUCUCAGGUACUAUUAUUAUUUUAGUCUUAUAUUUAGUUUCAUUAAUAUUUCUAAAAUUAUAUUUAAUAAUUAAUAGAAUGUUAUGUGAUUUAAGUGCUUUCAUUAAGGUUAUUCUUAAGGACCUAACCUUAAGGUACCCAUUUUUUUUAAGGGUUGGUACUAAUUAAAUAUUAUCAUACUAAUUCACUGAAUUGUUUAGUUAUAUGAUUAAUGAACUAUUACUAAAAUUGUUCACAGAUCUUUUAUUAAUUUGAAUAAUGUUAAAUAUGCACUUACCUAAUUAUUUUUGGAUACAGUCAAAUGUAUACUAUUUUUCACGAAAGAACAGUCUUGACGAAAACCAGUUAUUCUUACGUAUCACCUCACCGCACCUCGCCCAGGGCUCCCACCACUACCCGGCCAGGUGUAAUCUGGCAGUCUGGCUCAGUCUGCGUGCGCGAAACACUACUUUUCUCUCGUGAAAAAUAGUUUAAUUUAUUUUUGUUACUAAGCCCACAUUAUAUUUUUUCAGGUUCUUUUUCAUUGGUUGGAACAAUAUUUGGAGUGUUAAGUUCCUUUUCGUUGGCAUUUUAUUCUAUACAAAUCAAAAAAGUUCUCCCUGAAGUCAGUAAUCAAAUUUGGUUACUCUCAUAUUUCAAUAAUUUAUACGCCAGUAUAUUAUUCAUUCCACUAUUAGCAUUUGAAGCUAAAGAAUUGAAUAACUUUAGUAGAAUGUUUGAAUUAAAUUUUUUGUUUUUAAUGAUAAUUGGUGGCAUAUGUGGAUUGUCUAUUGGUUAUGUAACAGUACUUCAAGUACAAGUAAGAUUUUGUAGCCUUUAGUCAACAUUUUUGAUUAUUGCAUCUAGUGACUGGUACUUGAAUAUGAAAAUAAUCAUUUUUGUUUCAGGUGACUUCCCCAUUAACCCAUAACAUUUCUGGUACUGCAAAAUCCUGUUUUCAAACUAUAUUGGCAUCGUUUUGGUACAACCAAUGGAAGUCAACAAUGUGGUGGUUUUCAAAUGCUGUUGUGUUAGGAGGAAGUGCUGCAUAUACAAUUGUGAAGAACAGAGAAAUGGAAAAAAAAUAUCGACCAGUAGUGUACAGUCGUUGUUGAUAUUUUCACUCACUUAAUUUAUUUUAGUAUAGUAACUGUAUUGAACUGUGUGAUUUUUGUUUUUUUUUUUAUUAUGUGUUCAUUUUUUUUUUCAUAUAUAUUCCGAUGAUAACAUUUCUUCUUAAUAAUAAUAUUUUGUUACCAAAUUUUGUUAAAACAAUUUGGGGUUAUGUGGUAUAUGGUAACUAGUUGGUUUUGGUUUCAUCAAAAUUCUGUUACCAUCACCUUCCCUGCAAACUUUCAAAUGUUAACAAUUAUUUUUCCUGUACUAAUAGUUAAGAAUUUUUACCCAUUUUUUAUAAGAGUGAUAUGAGAAAUAGAUCCCUCUCCCAUAGUAGUAUUUUUAUUUUUCUACCCAUUAAAUAACAUAUCUCAUAUUUGAUAUUUGUGUUUUUUAUACCUGUAAUCUGUUGAAUUUUACACAAUUUCAAAACCUUUAGAGUUAUGAAUCCUGAAAAUGCCAAAGUUAAUAUACAAGGCAUCCAUUGUAAUAUCUCUGAGAUAAUAAAGAUAAUCAAAUUCUGGUUUUGUCUUUACUCACUGGGAUAAAACCUACAAAUAUUUAGAAUGUGAUUAAUAUUCAUGUUUUGGUAAAAAUUUUCAAAAAUAAUAAAAUAUUAUUUUUGAAAAAUUUUAAGAUGGCCAUUUUAUGGAGUUUAUAUUUCUAAAAAUUGUAUGUGUCAACUUUUUAUUUUUAAUAAUUUUAAUAUGUUCAGAGAAAAGUACCUAUAAUUAUGUAGCAGGCUGUAAUCACAAUUUUUAAUUGAUUAUUAUUAUUUAAUUUACUGUACACUUCUUUUGUCUGGACUUUGAAAAAUUAUUAAAAAUCAAGAAUUCAUUAAAAAUAAAAAGUUGAUACAUCAACAUUUUCAGAAAAAUAAACUUUAUAAAAUGGCUAUCUUCAAAUUUUUCAGAAAUAAUAAAAUAAAAUAAUUUUUUUAAAUUUUUAUCUAAGUAUAAAAAUUAAUUUCAGUAUAAAUAUUUGUAGUCCUUAUUCCUGGGAGUAAUGUAAAAAAUAGAAUUUGAUUAUCUUUAUGAUCUCUGAAGGUAUUACAAUAGGUAUAUCUUCGUGGGAUACUCUGUAUUUACCUAUUGUUUGUAUUACUUAUGUAUAUAAAAUGUAUUGAUUUCUAUCAAUAUAAAUAGGUAAAUGUCAACCUUAUCAGACCUGAUGUAAGGACAUUCUUUUAAGUGUUAUUUAUCACCAUUUAAAAUUGGCAUUUUUGUUAUUAAAAGUGCAUCCAUAGAAUAUGCAGUUUACAAAAAUCAUAAAAUUAACUCUUAUCAUGUUAAAGUUUUACCAUAAAACACUUUUGAAAAAUGUUGAUAUGACAUGUUUGAUUGUUUCUAUAUAUUAUACAAUAAAUUAAUAAUUUUAAGUUGAAAAUAUGGUUUUAAAAAUCUAAUAUUUUUUCCCUCCGUGAUAACAAAGUAAUAUCAACAAGUAGGAAUCAUCAAUUCUUUCCAAAAAUGAAUACUAAUAAUAUUAUUUUGACUCCAUAAAUGCCCGAUGACUUCUAUUUGGGACUUACUAAUAACUUGAUAAAAAGCUUAGUUAAAAAUAUAAAAAAUAAUUUUGUCUUAUGAAGUAACCCAUUAUUAAAUAUUGAUACACAAAGAAAAAUUAAUUCCAGGUCUGAAAGGGUUAAAGCAAUGUAGUUUUUCUUUUAGAAAAAAUAGUUGCAUUAAUGUAAGUUAUAACCAAAUUGCAAAUUUUUGAUAAACUAAAAUAAGUAGUAAAAUGGUAGGUGCCAAUUAUUUGAUAAUUCAAUACAAUCAUUAUUGAGAAAAAAUUAAAUUUGUUUUUUAUUUCCUUUGCAUAAUUUAUUUAAUGUAUACAGCUAUCAGUUCUACUAAGAUUAUAUAUUGAGCAUUUUUUUUUUUUUUUUUAUUAUAAAUAAAAUAAUAAAUAAUUAUACACAGUUCACUUUACCUAAUAUUCUAUCAGUAACACGGCGUGAAGUAUUGAAUGUCUAUAGAUCAGUGGUUCCCAACUUUUUGGAUACUAUGAACUACUUGAGAACAUUUGAUAGGUGCCACCAUGGACCACCUCAAUUUUCUGAUGACCUUUUAUUUUAUUUUUUUUGUACUAAUGAUUUCUUUUUAUAAUGACAAACCAAUGAUAAAAACAAGAUGUUACUAUCGACCAUCCCAAUAAUAGUUAUUAUCUGAUGAAAUGUGAUGAUCUAUAAUUUUUUAUUUUAAAUCUAUUUUUUUUAUAUAUAUAUUCAUAUUACACUGCCAUCAAUUUAUUUAUUUUUUUUUUUUAGGAAACAAAAUAGUUUGACGGACCACUAAUGACAGGCUUAUUGACCAUGGACUGGUUGAAAACCACUGGUAUAUAUGGCAUAUUAUAUUGUAAUAAUGACCACGGAAAAUAAAUAAAAAAUUUGAGUAAACAUAUUGGAUAUUAUCAUAUUGUAAUACACUAACAUGUUCUUAUUGUUUUUCUGUUUUUAUAUUAAAUACCUGCAUUUCUAAUCAUGAUCAGUGUUGAAUCCAGGUGUAUGAUAGGGAAGGUUUUAGCCCCCUUGGAAUUUUGUUUGCCACCCUGUUAAAUGUGGGUAAAUUAAUUAAGUUAUGUAAUUAAUUAGUUAAAGUACUAUAAUUUUAGUAAUUCCCCCCCCCCAGAAAAAUUGUCUGGAAUUAACACUGAUCAUGAUUAGUACUUUGAUUGUAAAUUGUAUUUGAUUUACUAAAAACGAUUUGAGUACCUAUAUAAAAAAAAAAAUCAAAAGAACUUAAAGUUAGAAUUAUUCCCAGUAAUAUUAUAUUUUAUGACCAAAUAUCCUCAACUAUAUACAAUAUUACCAGAAUAUUAUUUGUCUAUCGUUAAAGGCUAAUUUUAAUCUAAAUUUAAAGCUUUUCAUGGGGUCCAACUUGGUUUAAACAAUUUUCUUAAAAUAAAAUUUAAUUUUGCAUGCCCAUUUAAUACAAUACAUUACUUAUGCCACGUUACUGAUACACAUAUUAUACCAAUUGGGCACUUCUAUUGUUUUAUAUGUUUCAAACAUUUAAACAAUAGUAAUAUCGUCGCUGUCAUGCAAAAAGUAAGCAAGUGUAAUACAUUAUAAUAGGUAUGCCUAAUACAGUUCAUACAGCAGUUAUAUGCAUUUAAAUGUAAAAUAAGAGACCCACUGGAAAUGUAAAAUGUAUACCUUAUCGAACUAUAGGUUUUUGUAUUUCGACCAAGUGUUAAUUUGUUAUUUGAAGUUAUUUAACACUUUAUGCAUGGCCGCGACGAUAUAGGAAAAGUGAACUACAUACCUAUAUAUAGGUAAAGAUGAGAUAUUUUUACAUUUCGUUAAAUAAACUUAAAAUCUAUAAUAAAUUAUUGUGUCAUGUGUCAAGUAUAUGUAUGUAUAUAUACACACAUAUACCUAUAGGUACGUGUCGGUUGCUACUAUUGUAACUUAAAAAUUUCUUUAACGUCGUGGAUGGUUUUUGUGUUGGCAUUGUUGUUGGUUUUCUUCAGUUUCGCCACCAUUUUUAACGUACCCUCAGUCUUUUUACACAUAAUGAAAUGGCAUUGUUCUUUCCUCGAAGCAGACCUUCUGACCUGGGCCAACUGUUUUGCUACUGCCGGUGGAAGUAUUAUUUCCAUCAUUC